AAUGGCAAGCGAUGGGAGCAGAAUGUACUGGUCGACCGAAGACAUAAAGUGUCUUCUGCAAGUUUGGGGGGAGGGAUCGAUUCAAGCGCAAUUUGACGGGGUUGUACGAAACGACGAAAUUUACCGAACAAUUGGCGAGGAGUUAAAAAAGGUGGGUAUUAUUAGGGAUGUCAAACAAAUUAGGGAAAAAAUUAAAAAGUUGAAACAACAGUACAGGGUCGCAAAGGACAAUAACAAUCGCAGCGGGGCAGGACGAGCCAAAUUUCAGUGGUUUGACACAAUGGACGAGAUACUUGGCCAUCGCCCUGGGAAUGACCAAAGUCUGCUAAGAAACUCUAGUGCUGCUACAGCACCCCUGGACGACUCGGGAGAGGACACACUCCUUGAUAAUUUCGAAACAACAAUUGACUGGGAUGCAGUGGAGGACCUGAUGAGCCCAUCCCCUCCACCACCUGCUACACAGACAGCAGGUUCAGCAGAAUCAGGACCAGUGAGGGGCUCCUCCACUCUCAUCCCAGCAAGAACCAGACCUGCAAAAAGGAAGGUAUCGGCCUCGGCACAAGAACUCAUAGAUUUUUUCCGAGAGACUGAUGAAACUCUCUACGAGAGAGAGGCUGCGCUGCGUCGGGAGGAGCAGGACCGAGAAGAUAAGAGGAGGGAGAUGGAGUUGGCUGCAAGGAGGGAGGAGAAUACAGCGAUCGUGUCGGUGCUGACACAGCUUGUUAAUGUGUUGAAAGAUAAAUAAAUUAGUAUUGGUUCUGUGAAUUGCCCUCCUUUUUAUUUUAUUAUUGAUCUAAAGUAAACUCUUACUCUUA